GGUCCUGCUGAUGGAACAAAGACAGAUGCAGGUCCGGAGAAGAGUGCUGCAAAUCCAGAGGGUUUUGCUGACGCCAAAAUGAACACAGGUCCAGUGCAGACCAGCGCUGAUGCAAAGCCAGAGGGUUCUGAUGCAACGAGCACAAAUGCAGGUGCCACGCCUGACGGAGGUCCCGAGACGAGCACUGAUGCACCGCAGGGUUCUGCCGAGGCAGCCAACACGGAUUCAGGUGAGAAUGGAGCCAAAGGCAUGGAGGACUCGGGCGAGAUCGCGGAGUUGGACUUGGAGUCCUCGGGCGAAGGCGAAGCCUUGGCAUCCCCCGAGUUUGUCGCCAGCCAGGCUUCUGCGAUGCAAGGUGCCGAAGCCAUGGUCCUUCUCUUGAGUAGCGCCGGCAGCUUCGGGCGCUUGGGCGAUGUGAAGACGCCGCCGGAGGAGGUGCCUUUGUGGGAGAUGCCCGAACUGAUUUGCUCCACACUCCUGCUGGGCCUCGCGCCCUUGGCGGACCACGAGGUCUGGAUCGUCCGGAAGGUGAAGCAUGUCAACCACUGCAGUACCGAAGGGCCUUUGCUCACCCUCUUGGAGGAGCGACCGGAGGCGGCCGCCUACGACGUGGUGUCCAUGGAUAUCUCACGCCAUGUGGAUGAUAGGCGCUUCGCGAUCGACGUGCUCCGGCGCGACGCCGGCAAGUGGACCGCCGCCUUCAGGCAGUUGUGUGAAGAAGCGGAGCCCGUGAAGCCCAUCGGGGUGGCUCACGCGCCCCUCAUAGGCGUGGACAAGCAUUGGUGCUACGCCAUGCAGAUCCUCACCUCAGGGCCGUUGACGGGACGGCGUCCCCUACGCUACGUCCUGAGCCAAGAGGGCUACAGCACCGCAGCUCUUGCGAGCCAAGAGCUUUCGCCCGCGCAGGUGAAGGAAGCGAAGCACUUCGAGGCGCUGACUGCGCGGAUGGCCAGCACCGGAUGGAAGCCCUCCGACUUGCUCCGGCUCUUGGCUUUGUUCCCCUUCGUCCGGAGCGACGGCGAGAAGUUCCACGCCUUCUGGACCCGACGGCUGCGCGACAAGUCUUUGCCCGACAGCGGCCGGCCGACACGGGAAGAGCUCGCUUCAAUUCGUGGGAGGCAGCAUGAGCUGUGGCCCCCGGAGCCCAAGGUGGAGGAGCCUCCGCCGAAGAAGGCCUC